ACGCUUGCACGAUGUGACCCUGCAGGUUGGAAAAAAUUGAACUUGGAAAAAACUGGGAAAGAAGCUGAGCUGGAAUCAGACUUUGUCCGCAGGUUGACACUAAUAUGGCGUUACCUAAGACCCUGCUUCAGGAUACCGUGCAGAUUUUUCUUUAGCUCUCAAGGACUUCAUAAAAGGCCAGACCCCGCACCACCGCGUAGAAUGCGGACAAACAAAUGCUUCAGGUUUCAAAGAGAAAUGGAUCGAACCACCACAGCUGUGUGUAUCCUCCAACUUAUCUUGCUCUAUUCCCUCGCUCACGCUGCCGCCGAACGUCAUGACCACAAGCCGGGUUGCGGCGAGAUGGAGAGGGAUAUCCUCUUGGGCUUCAAGCGGCGGCUCAUGGAUCCUGCCAGCAUCCUCUCUUCAUGGCACGGCGAAGAGUGCUGCAGCUGGAGGGGCGUAGGCUGUGACGCUCGCACGGGCCACGUCGUCCGCCUCGACCUCGGCCCCUCCAUGUACAACGGCUUCGGCCUCCCGUCCCUGAGUGGUGAUAUAGAUCCUUCCUUGGCCAAUCUAACUCAUUUAACUCACCUCGAUCUCAGCUUCAAUUUCGUCAACUUGGAACCAUUUCUACCAUCCAUUGGCAGCCUUACAGAGUUGGUAUAUCUUAACCUCUCCUUCAUAUUCUUGUCCCCCGGCAAGCUUCCUCACCUCGGGAACCUCUCAAGACUUCGCUACCUCGAUCUCAGCUGUUCUAAAGGUCUCGAAAUCGACGAUCUCCAGUGGCUUUCCGGUCUCUCUUCCUUGCAACUGCUAGACUUGUCUGAGAUAAGCUUCGAUAAGGUGGGAGAUUGGCUCACUUCCAUUAACAUGGUUCCAACACUGGCCGUGCUACGUCUGGCGGGCUGUGACCUCCCAGCUGCUGGCAUGACAACAUCGCGUAACAAUCUCACAUCUCUCGCUAUCCUCGACCUAUCAAACAAUGGUCUUCAUUCUGCUUUACCUGAGUACUGGUGGUUCAAUAUGACCGACCUAGUUUUCCUAGAUCUCCACACCAACAGUUUUCACGGUCGAAUUCCUUCUUCUUUGGGGAACAUGACUUCCCUUGAGGUCCUCUACAUGAAUGACAAUGAGCUCCAAGGUGAGAUACCUGCAGCCCUGGGAAAUAUUUGCAACCUGCGUACUCUUGAUCUGUCGGUCAACAACAUUACCGGAGGCAUCCGUGAGUUGGUGGAAGGUUGGUCUCGAUGCGGAACGGUGGGGUUGGAGGAGUUAAAUUUGAAGCACAAUAAUUUAAGCGGAGGCCUUACCCCUCGGAUUGCGCAUCUAAGGAGACUCGGAAAAUUCUCUCUAUCCCACAACCGCAUGAGCGGUACCAUACCCAAAGAGAUCGGGCAGCUCUCAAGGCUAGAAUCUUUGGACUUGUCCUUCAACGCCUUCGAUGGUGUGGUAUCUGAAGCACAUUUCGUCCACCUGUGGAGAUUGAAGGCACUGAGUUUGAUCUCCAAUUCUCUGGUAUUGAAUCUCUCCUCUCUCUGGAUUCCUCCUUUUCAGCUCCAAAUCCUUGGUCUGGGUUCAUGCCGGCUGGGGCUCGACAUCCCUCCAUGGCUUCGAACCCAGAAAAAUCUCUCGGAGUUGAGCUUGUCUGAUGCAGGGAUCGUCGGUAGCGUCCCGGGGUGGUUUUGGAAUCUGGCCGCUAAUAUGUCUCUGUUGGACCUUUCGAACAAUAUGAUCAUUGGAAGGCUGCCCAGGUUUUUCAAAUUUUACAGCGCCUACAUGGUGAGCCUGAGUUCCAAUCAGUUUGAAGGCCCGUUGCCAGGUUUUCCUGCUGAGAUGGCAUACCUGGAUCUCUCCUACAAUUUAUUUUCAGGAACCAUUCCCCCCGGCUUCAUGGAAACAAUGCAUCGAUUGACGAGCUUACUGCUCUCCAAUAAUCUUCUUCAUGGUACCAUUCCCUCAUCAAUUUGUAAUUCCACCACCUUACAUGUCCUUGAUCUUUCGAACAAUUCCAUCACCGGAGGUCUCCCUGCGUGCCAGGGUAAAAGUCCUUUCCCUGGAUUAGAGAUCUUGAAUCUGGCAAACAAUAAUCUUUCGGGAAAGAUUCCGGAUUCGAUUGGCCAACUUGGAUCACUCCAAAAGCUUCACUUAAACCACAACAGCCUAUCCGGGAAGAUCCCUUUGGCCUUGAGGAACUGCAAAUUUUUGAUUUCAAUUGAUCUCGGCGAAAAUAGACUCUCUGGACAUAUUCCAGCAUGGAUUGGAGACGACCUCUCGUUGUUGAUGAUCCUUCGCUUGCACUCAAAUAUGUUCUUUGGUAGCAUACCUCCACAGCUGAUGUGUCUUUCUUCUCUCCAGAUCCUCGACCUUGCUCACAAUGAUCUAUCGGGACCCAUACCUCAAUCUGUGGGCAAUCUCAGUGCCAUGAUUAAAAAACAAGAGCAAACUAUUUAUGUCGUAGAAAGCACCAUCUUUUUUGUGUAUUCAAUGAUCGGCGAGUAUCCUAUCAGCCAUCAGGAGAGCUUGCUGCUGGAUACGAAAGGGAGAGCCCUCCAAUAUGAAAAGAUCCUCAUCCUGGUCAAGAGUAUAGACUUCUCAAAUAACAAAUUAAAUGGAGAGAUUCCUGUGGAGCUGACAGAUCUUGUUCAAUUACAGAGCUUGAACUUAUCCAGCAACCAAUUUAUAGGAAGAAUCCCUGAAAAGAUCGGCAAUCUGAAGUCUUUGGAAUCUCUUGAUUUAUCGAAAAAUAGACUAUCCGGUGCAAUUCCGUCAAGCAUGUCCAUGUUGAGCGCUUUAAAUCAUUUGAACUUAUCGGACAACAAUUUUUCUGGUAGAAUUCCAUCAGGCAAUCAACUUCAAACACUAGACGACCCAACUAUUUAUGUUGGCAAUAAUAAUCUUUGUGGAUUUCCAUUGAAAAAAAAAUGCCCAGGGGAGGAAACACCUCAAGCUCCGGUCUCUGCGGGUGGCAACGAUGGUAGUGCUGACAACAAUAUCAUUGAAAUAUUGUGGUUUUAUCUUGGGGCAGUAUUUGGCCUUAUUGUUGGAGUCUGGGCAGUAUUUGGUAUCCUCAUAUUAAAGAAGAAUUGGAGGAUUGCAUAUUUCCAAUUUAUCGAUCAGGAUGAGGAUGACAUUGAUGAUGGUGCCAAGAAAGAGGAAGAUGGUGCAAGUGUGCAUGUAAAUGUUCAAGAUGCACCCAAGAUUCUAAGGACAGGAUCCUAG